GUCGAGCGCGAUGUCCCGCGCCCUCUGGGCCGCGGGGGCGCUGCUGCAGCUGGCGCUGCCCGCCGCCGCCCUGACGCAGCGCGGCCGCGCGCGCUCUGGGCUCGCGGCCGCCGCGGUGGCGCACUCCCCGGAGGAGAGCGCGGCCAUGCGCAAGGAGGCCUUCGAGAAGGAGUUCACAGUGGAGCUGAAUCUGGCGAAGGCGCGGGAGGCCGGCACGCCCCUGGGCCUCAAGGUCGACAUCGAGAGCGAGUUCGCGCCGCCCUCCCUGAAGGUGAUCAGCGACGGCAUCGUGAGGGACCGCCUCGCGCUCUCUUGCGUGGUCGCCGUCAGCAUCCCUCGCCGCAUCCUCUCCGCUCCCGUCCCCCAUCGCCACCCCUCUCGACUCAAGACGCCUCGCUGCCCCGCGCAGCCCGUGGAUACCUCUGGUCCGAGGCCAGUCUUAUGAUGCUCCAACCUACUUUAUACGGCGGGGGCAACCCAAGGCCAGUUUUCCACCCUUCUCGCGAGGGCCGCAAGGGUCGAGCCGCGCGCCGUCGUGAGCCAUCUCUCGACGUCCAGUCUCGGCGGCCCGUUGGAGUGGCGACGCAGCAGAAGACGACAAAUAACAUU